AUGGCCAACCUUGUGCAGCCUCAGUUUCCUCCAGUACAGGAGUCGGGCUCCAUCUCACCCCUGGACCUGCCAGAGAUGGAGAAGCUCCUCACCAAGGCAGAGGACAAAGGCGACAAGCCCCUGAGUCUAUCCAAGUCCCUUUCGGGGGCUCUGGAUCUGGAGCAGAAUGGUCACAGCCUGCCCUUCAAGGUGAUCUCCGAGGGCCACCUGGAGGCCCCACUGCCCCGGUCCCCCUCCCGGGCCAGCUCGAGGCGGGCAUCCUCCAUCGCCACCACCUCCUAUGCCCAGGACCAAGAAGUCCCCAAAGAUUACCUCAUCCUCGCCAUCGCCUCUUGCUUCUGCCCCGUCUGGCCCCUGAAUCUCAUCCCCCUCAUCUUUUCCAUCAUGUCUCGAAGUAGCCUGCAACAGGGAGACCGUGAUGGAGCCCGGAGACUGGGCCGCCUGGCCCGGCUGCUCAGCAUCACCUUGAUCACCUUGGGGAUUGUCAUCAUCAUUGUGGCCUUGACCGUCAACUUUGCAGACUUCCCCCUGGCACAGGAUCUAUCCACAGAGACCCCGCCUGCUCCUGCCUGUCCUGCUGGCUUCAGCUUCCGGACCCUGGAAAGGGGUGCUCUGGGCUUUUCCACCCUGGGAGGCCCUGCCUAG